GGUUGUUCGGCGGCCUCUUCAAGUCUCGCCGAGUUUUCAAGGUUCUGCGUGGAAUAUUAAAUGUUACUUUUAAAACCACUCGCAUAAAGCGUCGAAGUAUAAAAUAACCGUCUUUUGGAUUACGCAAAUUUACGAAUUUGGAAUUUUCCGCCACGUAGUAGUCCUAGGAACUGUGGAAACUAAUCUCUUCAUAACAGGAAAUCCUAUGUUUUUGGCUCGAAUCAGUCUCUUUCAGUCAGUUUGCCUGUUAUUAUGGUUAGGCGAGCGAGCUUAUCAUGAAACAGAGCCACCUAUACAUCCAUGGAUAGUUUAUACAUUGGCUCUGGUUUGAUCGCAUCAACUGGAAUAACGAGUCGUUUCUUAACACGUUUAUCAUUAACCAUAAUCCUCUUAAGUCAGUUGUACAUAACAUAUGUGUUUUGUUUAGAAAAACGUUUAGGGUAUUCAAAAUGUAUCCGUGCACGUAUUAGUUUAAGAUGUUUGACUACUAUUGGUGUAUAUUUUCGACUGCUUGGAGUGAAUGGCUAUAAUGAUAAACGAAAACAGACAGAUUCACACAAUAACGAUAACCAGGUUGAUCAAUUACACAAAAUCAAGCCUACUACAAGUGUUUAUGCUUUCGGCUUAACUAAAUAUUCCAACUGGAUAGAGAUAUUCAAUUGACAGAAAUUAAUUCAACAUUAAUUCUAUCAAUGGACAAUUAUAUAUCUAAAUUGUUAAGUCUAAUUUUAGGCAUAUGUUUGUUAACAGCUGGUAUCAUCUACUCAAUUCCUGUAAUUAUACAUGAUCAAUUUCUAUUAAAUAAUACAUUUUUUUAUAAAAAUUAUUUAUUCCAAUUUGCUGAUUAUCUUAUUGGCUUUUCAUUUUUAAUAUUAUCUUUAAUUCGUGAUUGUAAUUUUAAUUAUUGGCAUAUUAAAGGAUGUGAAUUUUGGUUAGAAAUACGUGUACUUCUAGAGAAUAUUACUAUUCUCUUAGGUAUUUUUGUAAUAAAUGAUUUGCUUAUUAACAAUAGUGUAAAUAGCCUAAAUGAGAAAUAUUUAAAAACAUUGAAAGUGAAUAGUAAAUCAUUAAAAAGUCAAUAGAUUUAUGUAAAUAAAAGGAUUUCUCACUCUGUUACUUUAAUUUCUACUUCAUUUUUUGUUUUAUUAAAAGAUGUUUGUUUGUUUAUAUUUAACUGGUGAAUUAUAUGUAUAUUGUUUAUUGAAAUAGAAAAUGCGAACAAUA